AUGAACGAUUACCAGCUCGAGGAACACCCAGAGACUAAGGAGAAAUUUUUCAAGAGAUAUGCCCCAAGAAAAGGAGACAAAAUAUACAAGGAAUAUAAAAAGUUCUUUUUUUAUUCUGAUGCCUACAGACCUUUGAAAUUCGCGUGUGAGGCUAUAAUAGAACAGUAUGAAGAGGAAAUAUUCUCACUUAUCGCCCAGGAGGCACGCUAUCUAGCUGACAAGCUGUGCAGCGAAAAAUCAGAUCUGUGUGGUACUUCUGCUAAUCAUACUGAACUAUAG